AUGGAAUGGAGGAAAUGUUACCUCGACAUGAUACUAAUACCUUUGGGUUUUCUGAUUACUAUUUCAUAUCACGUUUGGCUUUGGUAUAAGGUUCGUACACAACCCCUCACUACCAUCAUCGGUUUAAACAUGACUGGCCGGCGCUUGUGGGUCUCUGCAAUACUCGAGGACAUUGACAAGAAGAACAUCCUGGCCGUUCAAACACUACGGAACAACCUCAUGGGAUCAACCCUGAUGGCCACCACAUCGAUUCUCCUUUGCACAGGUCUAGCAGCAGUCAUAAGCAGCACAUACAGCGCGAAGAAACCACUAAACGACACCAUUUAUGGAGCUCAUGGUGAAAUCAUGGUGGCUCUAAAAUACGCAACGGUCUUAACUAUUUUUCUCUUCUCAUUUUUCUGCAACACUUUAUCAAUUAGGUUAAUCAACCAGUUAAGCAUCCUUAUAUGUAGCCCCUUAGAACCGUCGUCAAUUUUGACCUCUGAGUAUAUUUGUGAGCUUCUAGAGAAAGGUUCGGUUCUCGACAUUGUGGGAAACAGGCUUUUCUACACGGCUCUUCCUCUACUGCUUUGGAUAUUUGGUCCAGUUUUGGUGUUCUUGUCUUGGGUUGCUAUGGUGUCGGUGCUUUACAAUAUGGACUUUCUUUGUGCAAACAGUUGUGUGCAGGGAAAUGGAAAGCAAACAAGGGAAGGAAUUAGUGGAUAA